CAGACAAUUGUAGUUGACAGUACUGACAGAGUAAAAUGUCAUCUUUGAUAAGAAAUAAACACUUUGCAUGAUUUAAAAAUAAUGUAAUAAAAAAUAUUAUUAAUAUGUAUAUAUUAAUUAAUAGACUUCCAGAUUCUUUUUAGAUCAGAAAGAGAUGUGAUAGGGUGUGUGAAAUCGGAAUCUCGAUGACAAAUAUGUCUUGAUCGAAAAUGUACAUAUGUCAGCUUAAAAAAAAGGAUCAAUAUGAUAGAAAUCACGGCGAAACUUAUUCGGGGUCCUAUAUAUUUUUCCGGAGAAAUUAUAGAAUGCUUGGUGACGUUUACUAAUCCCCCGAAUCCGAAUCAUCAAAUAUCACAAAGUCACAGUGAUCUGUUUGAGAGUCUUGCAUGGGCAAGCGCACAGGUACAUUGCCAAUGUACGACGAAUAGCAAAAUGGUGCUUUCAGAGAAAAUAAAUACUACAGCUCGUUCAGUGGCAAUCAAUGCAAAUACUACCUUUGCACCAUGGCAGCAAGAUAAUGGUCAUGUAGUAUUGAAUACAAAGCCAAAAAUUUUGUGCUGCGAUUUAAGAUUGUCACCUGGAGAAAGUAAGACUUAUAUUUAUCGUGAAACAAUACCAAGUGAUGCUCCACCUUCAUAUAAAGGACAGGCUGUAAAAUAUUCUUAUAAGAUAACAAUUGGAACGCAAAGAGUGAAUACAGUUAUAAAGUUAUUACGAGUACCAUUUAGAGUACUAUCUUUAAGUGAAUUGCCAGAGAUUACAGCGUGCAAUGAUAGUGUAGAUUUGAGUCCCAAUAAUCCAUUUAUGGAAACACAGCAUAGAGAAACUCCAUUAGAUAUUGCACUACAAACCCUGCAGAAUUUAACAGCUAGACGCAGUCCAAACUUUUACAACGUGACAAACGGCCGCGGGCGCGUAGUGCGAUUUUGCCUUUUUAAGAAUUCCUACAAACUCGGCGAGGACAUAGUUGGAACAUUCGACUUCUCGAAUGCGACCGUUUCCUGUGUUCAGGUAUCUGUAUCCUUGCAGUCCGAGGAGCACGUAUCGGAAGAUUAUAAGCGAGGCAAGGUCACCACGCCGACGUUGAUUAGCUACAACAAGCAUCAUGAAAUGUGUCUGGGUCUGAAAUAUUCGCACUUGGUGCUACCGAUACCUCUUCACGUUACGCCGGACUUUACCACCGAUCUGGUGACGCUCAAGUGGCGGCUACAUUUUGAGUUUGUCACGACGCCAAAGCUGGUGGAGAUGCCCAGCGAGAACACCAUCAGUUGGCACGGACCAUCGACUCUGGAUGUUGAGACGAUGAUUUGGGAUCUUCCAUUGCACAUCCAUCCAACCACUACGCCACCGAAUACGGCGCAACCGACGAAAUACAAUACCGUCAUAUAGCUAACAUCAUAACAUAGCAUAUGUAUGCACGUAUUGUAUAUGUCCGGUGCAUGUAAAUGAGGCGAAUUAUCGCUACUCUGAUACGGCCAAAUGUGUUGUAAAAAUAAUGUAGGAGCGGAGUAAGAAAUUCUCCGUUUCGCGUUUUUCUCCGGUAACUCUUGCGAUAUACCGUUAUUCUCCACUAUACUUUAGAAAACUUAUAUUCUGUAUAAUAAUUUAUUGUACACAAGAGAGAAAGAUAUAUUUUCGUAUGUUUAUGUAUCUGGAUAAGAAAAGUUAAAUAAUGAAAGAAUAUGUUGGGAUCACUAUUUUGAGAGCAUACUUUUACAUCUCUGUGAUAAGUUUUAUAAUUGUAUCUUUGACUAUAUAUUACACAACAGCGUUUUGGAUUACUGUGUAUUAAAUUCCUAAUGCAGGAUUGUUCCUACUCAGAGUAAUAGUUUCUCGGGAGAUUAAUGACUUUGUAGGAAUGAUAUAUUACAGCAA